AUGUCAGGGCUAUGGGUAGAGACGACCCUGCUGCUAUGCUGCAUGAUGGCAUCAUUUGCGGCAGCCGAAAAGGUGCUCGUAGGUGGGCCGACCAUCGCCACUGCUGACCGCCCAAGCCUCCGACCCCCGGAGCCCCACCGCCGCCUGUCCGCCGCGGCUGCUGGCGCCGACGAUGCGGCCGGCGCAGCGCAACAGUACCGCGACGUCCUGCAGCUGCACAACGCGUACCGCGCGCGCCACCGCGCGGCGCCGCUGACCUGGUCAGACGCGGCGGCCGCGAGCGCGCAGGCCUACGCGCGGCGCUGCAGGUGGCAGCACUCCUACAUCAGCGGCUACGGGGAGAAUCUGUACGCCAGCUCCAGUGCUGCGGUGGCGGCCGGCCUCAGGGCGGCGGUCGAUGCAUGGUUCGCUGAGGUCUCCAUUUACGACUUCCGCCGGCCGGGGUUUGACCCCCGAACAGGGCACUUUACGCAGGCACGUGGCACGCGU